AUGAGUGUGCAGUAUCUAUGUGAUAUCUAUACAAUUUCUUCAUUUUGCUUGAAUGUCAUGGCUUCUUCAAAGAAAAAAAAGAGUGGUAACACAAGACAAAAAGUUAAUCCUGACAAAACAGCUUUCCAUGCAGUACUACAAGUGGAGUAUAAAAAUUUACCUGAAAGUUCCUGGAAAUCUGAAUUUGGUGAAUUAAAGGAAAUAAAAAGCCUGAAUCCUCUCUGUCAACUUUUUAGAGAUCCAAAAGAAGUGAAGAAAUUGAAAGUAGAAGAUAUCAAACAAGUCAUUGAGCCCAUCGCUGAUAAAGAAAGUCUGGAUGAGCUGAUGAAAUCAGAAUGCAUUCUUCAUAGAGCUUGCUUUGCACCUUUUGAAGUUUUUGAAUAUUUAAUUAGUCUUGAAAUUGACCCAAAGCCACUUGAUGAAAUUAAGCAAACUCCAUUACACUUUGCUGCCUAUCUAAAUAAAGAAAAAAUCAUAAAACUAUUACUGAGUAUUGAAACAUCAGAAAAAUGUUAUGAUGGCAAUGAAAUAACAGUUAAUAAACAUACUCCAGUACAUUAUGCCAUCUUCUCAGAAAAUGCUGAAAUAUUAAAAAUCCUGCAAAACCAUGGAUGUAAAAUGCAAGAGAUGGAUCGGGAAAAUCGAACUCCUCUAAAAUUAGCUAUUCAUUUUGAAAAACCAGCAGCUGUAAAAUUUCUACUGGAUUGUGAUGGUCAUAACUUAGAUUACACGACAAUGUUGAAACUGCUAUGUAAAUUUCCCAGCAUAGUAGCUUUAAAAUUAUGUGAAGAUCCUUUUUGUACAGUUGACAAUAUGAAAGGAACAAUUAAAUAUAAUUUCUCCAAACUUUUUCCAGAAAAAGAACGUGAGAAAACAAAAUUUUUGCCAACACCUCUGUUAAUUGUUGUCAUAAAUAAACUAUUAUGUGUUGUUGAAACUGAUACCUUUCAAGAGUAUAUCAAUAUACAGUGGAAAGAAUUUGGCAGGAAGUUUGCAUUUGGCAACUUUUUGUUGUUUCUACUGCAUGUAGUUUUAUGGACAACUCUGGGAAUAUUUGACUCUGAUACUACAAAUAAUACCUUGCAUGUCUCAUUUUUGGUAGCUGCAGUCAUUGGAACUAUUCUUUACAUGAUUUUUGAGUGGAAACAACAUAGUGCAAGUGACCAAUAUUCUACGUUACUGGAAACUUUCAGCUAUCAUGAGUUUGAUAAACCUGAAGAUAAUUUAUUUUAUCAUGAGAAAACAAAAACCUUGAUUAGUAAAAUGAAUCCAAAAGGAUUUAGUUAUUUCAACCAGAAAUGGAAUUUUAUUGACAUUGUCAGUAUAAUAAUCCAGUGGGUGACUGUUGUAAUCGAAAUAAUGGCAUUAAACAAUGUUGCAUAUAGCAUUUCUAUACGCAACUAUAUUAUGUGUGCAAACCUCACCUUGCUAUGGAUUUGCUUGCUGAAAACGUUACGCCCUUUUACAUCCACAGGAACUUUAGUAAUUAGCUUGUCCAAUGUUGUGGAGAAAGAUCUUUUCAGAUUUUCAAUAAUGUUCUUGAUAUUUCUGCUGCCAAUGUCCUUCAAUUUCUGGAUAACUUUUGGAGGGAAAAAAAUAAUAAAUAAUCAAACUAUAGCUGUCGAUUACUAUGAUGCGUUUCCUACUGUCUUUUUCUCAGUACUAAGAAUGGCUGUUGUUGAUGAGUAUGAUUAUGAUAACAUGAAAAAAAUUGAACCAUUAUUCACAGAAAUUCUAAUUACUUUUUGGCUUGCAGUAUCAGCCAUUCUUUUAGUCAACCUUUUCAUUGCUCUACUCACAGAUACAUUUCAAAGAGUCUAUGAUAAUACUAACAUCACUAUCGCCAUGGAAAAAGCUCGACAUCUUUUGGGUGCAUGGCAUACCAUAGAGCAACAUGAUAAAUUUGCGAAGAUGUUCAUCAUAUCCAAAAAACAGUUUCUUGAAAAAUAUGAAAAAGAAAAUUCACUUACAUACAGCCAGGAUGAUUUCAUAGGAUAUAGAAAAUUCCAGAAUAUUUCAAAAAAUACCAAGGAUACAUCUAAGGAGGAAGACAGCCUGAAGGAAUACUUCCAUAUUCAUGAAAAUGUAUUGAAGGAUACUUUCUAUUUGAAAGAUGUUAUAAAAAAGAUCCUGAAGAAAUGUAAAACAGCUAAGUCAAGAGAAAAAGAAGACUUUCAGUUAGAUUCACAAAAAUCUGCAGCAAAAAAAUCAGUUUUGGAACAAAAUAUUGACAUUAUGAAAGAGGAUUUGAAAACACUUCUCCAGCACCUAAAAAAUAAAGACUCAAGGUCUCAGGAAACAACACCAUCAACUUCUAUUUCCUAA